AUGGACACCUUCAGCGGCAAGUUACAGCAGAAGGCUCUGCAGCAACCUAAGCAGAAGAAAUCCAAGUCGGCUGAAUUUCUGAUGGGUGAAGACGAGAGAGGCGCUCUGGUGGGCAUAGAAAACCCAGCCUUCGAUGGAGGAGGAAGCACGGAGCUUUCUGCUCCUCCGGUUUGUCUGGGGAGAGAAAUUCGAGGUGACAGGCCAGAUAGCACCCUUGCAGCUCACCAAAAAAAAAUGGAGCUGCAAGCCCCUGCCAAAGAAAGAGGAAAUAAACGUGCCCAAAAUUACUUUGACCCAUCGUCGGCGGAGCAGACAGACCCAAGGCAUCGCAGGACGGCCGGGGUCAGCGGCGAAGAUGAGCUGGAAUUAACAAUAUUGGAUGCUGAUGAAAACAAGCUGUAUCAGAAAAUGGCUGCAUUGCUGGAUGAGGACGAUACCUUCAUAAAUAUACCUGGUACGCAGCUAGCCUCCAGGGAUGAGGAGGUGUUGGAGGUGAAGGCGGGUGAUCCGGUGCUUCAGCGGCGACUGCUGCUCCACGGCGGUGGUGGUGAAGCCUCGGGCUCCAGGCCCUCCCAGACCCGUACCACUGCCAAAGCCCAGGCUGGGGCUGGCGCUGGGCUGGGAGGAGAGGCUGGACUCGAAGCGGGGAGGAUGGUAAUGGGCAGCGAGUGCACCGUAAAAACGAGGACAGCCGAGGAGGUGAUCCCCCACUACGCCCAGCAGCUGAGGGAGCGUGUGCGGCCUGACAUGAUCACGCUUGGCAGCCUUUCACUGCAGCAGCAAGCGGCUCAGAAGGGACCACUGAAGAGGAGUGAGUGGGCAAAGAGAAAGGAAAGACUAAUGGCCUUCUUCGCUGGGAAUGUUAAGGAGCCUCAUUCACAAAGAGACGAGGCAGCGAGAGAAGCACCACAACCCAGGCUGAACACGCUGCUCCAGUGCAGAACUAUUGAAAGCCCGUCACUCAGAGCGCUGGGGGAAGGCCAAGAGGAAGCGAUGGCCAAAUACGGCCCGAUGACAGAGCUCCCAGAAUCCUCCUCUCUGGCGUCACGGCCCCUGUGGCAGGUGAACCAGAGCACGACUCCCCAGCCUGUGGAGGUGUGUGUGUGUUGCCUAAGAGCCACCAGAGACAAGCUACCCAGGGGCCUCUACACUGUCAGCGUGGCCCUUCACAGCCGUCUAGGGGGUCCAGCUCUGGCCUGGUGCAGUAAGAAAGAGCAGCGGCAAUGGGCGGCGUCCACGGAGCCGAUCGAACAUCGGGGCCGCUACUGCGACACCGACCUGCACCUUAACCAGAGCCUGUUCAUGAUCUUACCUGCAGCCUGUCAGGUCGUCCCCUCCAUGGUCCUGGUGUUUCAACUGAUUGCACUACCGGGAGACAGCAGCCACAUCAGCUCUGUGCUGGCUUGGGGGGCAUUUCCUGUUUGCGGACCGAGCCUGGGGCUUGUCCAGGGCAGGUUCAAAACCCCUCUGCUCAGGGGGGAGCCGAACACACAACUGGACCAGUUUAAAAAGAUUGAAGCCGUCAUCUCCUCUGAUCUAGACCACUGGCUGUGCAACCUGUACUUUCAGGUGAAGAGGCUCCCUUCUGGAACAUCUGGGGGACCAGAGCGCUGCAUCACCCUAUCAAUACCCCUGAAUAACCCUCAACCUGAGGUCCAUCAUGACCAACCACGAGGCCAACUGCCUCUCCAGCCCCAGCCUCCAUCGCAGAUCCAGCUCCGUCCUCAGCCCAGUCAUCCCCAGUCCCAGUUUUACCCCCAACAGCAGCCGCACGCGGGCCCCAGCAGCAGGGCAGGAGAGCCCGCUGCAGUGCAUUCUCACCGGGGGUCUCCUCUCCACCUGUCAGCUUAUUCCGCGUGCUCUUCCUCAUCUCUGCCAGGGAAGAAUUCCUCCUCGGGAGCCAUUUCUGGAAACACGGGACAGAAGAGUGAUCCGUGCCGGGAGAAAGCAGAGGGCGGGAUUCACUACAAGAAGAAGCCAAUCAAGAAGACAAAUAGCCGCGGCCCCAGCAUGAGCGGCGGCAGCGCGCCGCCUCGGCAGGCAGGCAAACAGAAGAUGCAGCCUUCGACGGAGAACCUCUCCGCGGAGGAGAUGGAGGAGUAUACGUUCUCCCUACAAUCAGCGCUGACCGGAUCUGCUUCCCGCCCCUCGCGCCUGUCCGAGCGAGCCCGCCUGGCCCUCCGCAUGCUGCCGUCCGAGCUGGGCCUGCCGUUGCCGCGGCAACAACAGCCGCAUAGUAGCUGGCGUGGCUCCGUUCGGCAGCUCGGCCUCAUUAUGCUGCUGCUGGCUUUGAUGUGGUUUGUGAGGCUCUACCUGCAUUACUGCAGCCAGUGGCUCUACCUCCAGGCCAUAGCAGUUCCUGUCAACAAAUUCCAGUUCCACGCGCACACGGUGGACCUCGUGUACCAGAGCUCUCUGCUCCACACCCGGGAGGAGCUGGCGAUGGUGGUGGUGGGUCCCCUGACCUUGAACGCAGCAACGUUCCUGCUGGUUCUGAUCAGAUGGGGCUGUCAACAGAUAUUUGGCUCACUCCCUUCCUUCACGUCAAAGUUUAUCAUGGCUCAGGGAGUGUGGACAGUCCUCGACCCCCUGGCGGUCUUUGCAGUGGACGCCGUCCUCGGGCGUCUCGCCUACAGCCCGGACACACCGGUGGGUGACGCAGCCAAGCUUUACUGGCACUUCUAUCGAGUGGACCAAUCGGGUGUGGCGGGAGUGAUCAUCACUCUCUUCCUGUACGCAGUCAUCUUCCUGCUCUCCAUCACCAUCCUCUCUAUUAACAUACUCAGAUUCCACAAUGACGGUCGCAUGCUGGACGUCUUUCAGCGGCUCACAGCCAGGGAGGGGACGUACUUCCUGCCUCAAGACCUGGAGCUGUCCAAUCAGGAGCUGAGCUACGUCGUCAAGAAGGCGGAGCAGUGGAGAGGCUUCAAUGGGGAGAGGCGCAAGGUGGCAGUCUAUGACUACAUCUGGACAGUGGAGGACUUGUUGGAAGGCUCUGCAGCCCCUAGUGACCUCCCAAGGGAGGGUGCACCCCUACCAGAGCGCGAGACCAGCACCCAUGUGGCAGUCUACACCCUGUACCUGAGUGGGCUGAAACAAAGAUACAGGCACUUCCUCCGACAACCGGAUGGGGCUAUCAUUGAGGUGAUUGGUGACAUGGAAGGGGUGGACAAUGCGACCAGGAUGGCGCCCAGCCCGGGUCAGGGCUCUGCCAAUCAGAGAGAGGGCAAGGAAGGCGCGGUCGCUCCGCACCAGCUGCGGAAACGGAAGAAGCUAUUUGCGCGGUCCCAUCGUGUCGAACCGGUAGGAGGAAGCGGGUGUGGCUCCAGUUUUGCACUGCAAGACCUCAACCAAUGACGUCAAAGCAAAGAAAGAGAAAGUUGGACCCUAAACUAAU